CCUCCCAUCUACAGGGCUCUUGCAUGCCCCCCACGCGCAUAAUAGCGGCGCGUGCGUGCGCGUCACCCUCUCUCUCUCUCUCUCUCUCCCUCUCUUUCUUUUGGUCUCAGAAAUAGCUGAAGUGACCCCAUCAGUGAAACAAAAACCACAACUCUUCUCUCCCAAAAAUCUCCGUAGAUCGCCGGGCUCCGGCAUGGCACUCCGCCGGAAACUGGAACUGCGGCGACUCCCAGCUUCGUUCCCAGGCUAAAUGCGACCAAAACGCCACCGUUUUUUUCUCCAACCCAACUACAAAAAUGACGACAACGACGAUGUCGACGAAGAUACUACUACUUCUACUGAACUGAAAAAGGGGCCUUCCAGAAUUCGGAAUCCCCAAGAAAGACCCCUGCUUUUGCGUUUCUUUUCAUCUGGGUCCUCGCAAUGGCGGCUACGAACACCACCGCGCCAGCGCCGGUGGACUCGGGCUCGGCCGCCGGAGCGGCUGGGUCGGUCUCGAACGACGAGAUGACAGCGAAGGCUGUUCACAAGAGGUACGAAGGAUUGGUGAUGGUGCGUACGAAGGCGAUAAAGGGGAAAGGCGCUUGGUACUGGGCUCACCUGGAGCCUUUGCUGGUGCAGAACCCCGAGACGAGCUUGCCGAAAGCGGUCAAGCUCCGGUGCUCCCUCUGCGACGCAGUUUUCUCCGCCUCGAACCCUUCCCGGACGGCCUCGGAGCACCUCAAGCGAGGGACUUGCCCCAACUUCAACUCCGUCGCCAAACCCAUUUCCUCUGUUUCACCCACCUCUGCUUCUUUGGCUUCUCCGCCUCCUCCUUCUCGUAAGCGUCACUCGUCUGCGGCUUCAGCCGGUGGCGGUACUGGCGGCGGAGGCGGCGGCUCGGGUUCUUCGUACCAGGUGCCACCGCUGGCGAUAGUUGAUCCGUCGCGGUUCGAGAUGGCGUACUCACCGACAGUGUCGGCGACGACGGUUUUGGCAUCGAGCACGGGGGCUCUGCUUUCACAGCAGCCGCAUUUGAUGCUCUCUGGUGGGAAGGAUGAUUUGGGAGCUCUGGCUAUGUUGGAAGACAGUGUGAAGAAGCUCAAGAGUCCGAAAACCUCACCCGGGCCGACGCUCAGCAAGACACAGAGUGAUUGCGCUCUCGAUUUUCUAGCCGAUUGGGUGUUUGAGUCUUGUGGGUCGGUCUCUUUUUCCAGCUUGGAGCACCCCAAGUUCAGAGCUUUCCUUAAUCAAGUCGGUUUACCGGCGGUUUCUCGCAGAGAGUUCACCGGCGCUAGAUUGGAUGCUAAGUUCGAGGAAGCCAAGGCAGAGUCUGAAGCGAGGAUUAGAGACGCCAUGUUCUUUCAGAUUGCCUCCGAUGGGUGGAAAUUAAAGAAUUAUGGGGUUUUGGGGGAAGAGAGUUUGGUGAAUUUGACUGUGAAUCUUCCGAACGGUACUAGUUUGUAUCGGAGGGCAGUGUUUGUUACUGGCUCUGUUCCUUCCAAGUACGCAGAGGAGAUUUUGUGGGAGACCAUCACAGGCAUUUGUGGGAAUGCCGUGCAGCAGUGCGUAGGAAUAGUUGCAGACAAGUUCAAGGCAAAGGCGUUGAGGAAUUUGGAGACUCAGAAUCAUUGGAUGGUUAAUCUCUCUUGUCAAUUUCAGGGCUUCAACAGUUUGAUUAAGGACUUCAGCAGGGAGCUUCCAUUGUUCAAGACAGUCACUGAGAAUUGUUUCAAGCUUGCCAAUUUUGUCAACUACAAGUCUCAGAUUCGAAAUAGCUUCCAUAAGUAUCAGUUGCAGGAGUACGGACACGCUGGGUUGCUUCGAGUGCCAUUUCGUGAGUACGAGAGUGUAAGUUUUGGUCCUCUAUAUACAAUGGUGGAGGAUAUACUGAAUUCAGUUCGAGCAUUGCAGCUGGUUUUAAUGGAUGAAGCGUUCAAGAUGGUUGCAAUGGAGGACCCUAUUGCGAGAGAAGUCGGAGAGAUGAUUCGGGAUGCUGGGUUUUGGAACGAAUUGGAUGCGGUGCAGUCAUUGAUUAAAUUGGUGAAGGACAUGGCUCAAGAUAUUGAGAUAGAAAGGCCAUUAGUUGGGCAAUGCCUCCCUCUAUGGGAUGAGCUAAGAGCAAAAGUGAAGGAGUGGUGUUCGAAAUUCCACAUUGCAGAAGGAUUGGUGGAGAAGGUGAUUGAAAGGAGAUUCAAGAAAAAUUAUCACCCUGCUUGGGCUGCUGCUUACAUACUUGAUCCUCUGUAUUUGAUUAGAGACACUAGUGGGAAAUACCUUCCACCAUUCAAAUGCUUGACACCCGACCAGGAAAAGGAUGUCGACAAGCUCAUAACCCGGCUUGUUUCCCGGGAAGAAGCUCACAUUGUGCUAAUGGAGCUCAUGAAAUGGAGAACAGAAGGGCUUGAUCCUGUGUAUGCAAGAGCUGUACAGAUGAAGGAGAGGGAUCCCAUUACAGGAAAGACAAAACUUGCCAACCCACAGAGCAGUAGGCUUGUGUGGGAAACGUAUUUGACUGAAUUUAAGUCUUUAGGAAAAGUUGCUGUCAGGCUUAUCUUUCUUCAUGCAACUUCUUGUGGUUUCAAAUGCAAUUGGUCUUUCUUGAGAUGGGUGUGCGCCCAUGCACCCUCAAGGGUUGGCAUGGACAGGGCGCAGAGGUUGAUAUUCGUUGCAGCUCAUUCAAAACUUGAGAGACGGGAUUUUUCCAGCGAUGAAGAUAAGGAUGCAGAGCUUUUCACCUUGGCAAACGAAACAUUCGACAAAGAUAUCGUUUGACUGGAGAGGCCACCAUGAGAUGGUUGGUUGUUAGUCGAACUGGUUGGACCAUGAUUAAAGAGGAAUCUGCCUAAAGGAUCCAAGAGAGGAUUUGACUUCCACUUUCCGGCACAGAUCUGGUGUCCUCUUGCAAAAGGUCACGGAGUUUGCUGGAACCGGCCGGCAUUGGUACGUGGGUCAACUACCCUGGAAGGACCAGAGUGCAAACCUUUCUAGCUGGAAGAGCACUUCUAACUGUUUCCAUCUCAUCUAUAUCUCCUGGUUUCUGUGUCUUUGAGAGAGUGAAGCCCCACCAUGAAACAAGUGGAAGUCUUUUUCCAAGCUUUGUUUGUCCUGGGAAGAAAUCGAGGGGUCGGGUAGGGUAGGAGCAGCAAUUCGUGUUCGCGUGUUGGACUCUAGAAGUAUCAAGAUAUGUGUAUAAAAUUAUAUAUGUCAAAUCUACCCAUCAGACUCUUCAACCUUAACCCACUGAUUUUGUGUUAGGUUCGAAAAUCGUGUAAAAAAUUGCUAACUCGAAAGGUGGAAGCCAGAAGGGGUUCUUUUAACCCAAUCAAAUCAGGGUUGGGGUUGCUUGUCUCUUAAACAUUCCAAAGUGUGUUGACGUUCAUGCAGAGUCAUUUGGUGAUGCUCCCCAUGAUUGCGAGAAAGGUCUUGAGAGGUCCCAAAGCAAAGAAGAGUUGUCGGCUUGGAGCAACACAGAAGAUGCUUGAGAGUGAUUCUACAACGAACUUUGAAUUGAUUACUCGGGUUUGAAACAGCAAUGGGA